AUGAGCAAGAGGCGCUUGCUUGCGUGGGAGGACGAGAUCGCUUAUCGGCUGCGGCAAUGCGGGGACGCGAAGGAUCUCUCGUGGGGCAAGCUCAUUCACGCUUCCAUUCUCGACUCCACCAAGCUCCUCCCCACGUAUCUCGGCAAUCUGUUGAUCCAGAUGUAUGGCAAGUGUGGCUGCCUGGACCAGGCCCACGCCGUCUUCUGCAGCCUCGAGAUGCCCAACGUCUUCUCGUGGAACAUCUUGUUCCAAGCGUAUGCCGCGAACGGGCAUACACGGCAAGCGAGAGACUUGUUUCAAAACAUGCCGCAAAGAAGCGUUGUGACGUGGAAUGCAAUGGUGAACGUUCUGGCUCAAGACGCGCAGCUUGACCAGGCUUGUGCCGUAUUCAAUGUAAUGCCCGCGCGAGACGUUGUGUCCUGGAAUGGACUUGUUGCAGCAUAUGCCGUAAAGGGGCAUUUUUGUUUAUGCCAGGACUUAUUUGAUCUGAUGCCGCAGCGCGACGAGGUCACCUGGACCGCCCUCGUGUCUGGUCUAUCUGAAAGUCAAAGGCCGCUUGAGGCUGCUAAUGUAUUUACUUUAAUGCCGCACUGGAAUGUUGCGGCAGCGACGACUAUGAUAGCAGCAAAUGCCCAGAUGGAAAAUCUGGAUGAGGCUGCUAAGACUUUCGGGAGAAUGCCGCAGCGAAAUGUAAUCUCCUGGACGACCUUUCUUGAUGCAUAUGCUUGCAAGGGGCUGCUAGCUUUUGCCACGCAGAUUUUCGACCGAAUGCCGAAGUGGAGCCUUGUAAGCUGGACUGUCAUGGUGCAAGGAUUUGCGCAAGGCGGCAACCUACACGAAGCAAAGGUCUACUUCAACAACAUGCCGGAACGAAACGAUGUCUCUUGGAAUGUGAUGCUCUCUUGCUACGCCCAGAGCUUUCACAACCACGAUCAAGCUCUGGAAAUCUUCCAGAGAAUGCCCCGCCAUGACGUUGUGUCGUGGACUGUGAUGAUCCAAGCUUUCGGCCAGCAGGGCGACGUUGGAGAGGCUAGAAGUUUCUUCGACAAGAUGCCGAGUGUGAGCUUGGUGUCGUGGACGACGAUCAUCGUCAGCUACGCCCAAAAUGGUUAUCUAGACGAAGCAAAGUCCGUGCUGGAAAAAAUGCCGCUUUGGGACCUCGUUCCUUGGAACGCAAUGGUUACCGGGUACGCUGACGCUGGUCACUGCUGUGCUGCAAAGGAUUGCUUCGACACGAUGCAUCAUCGGGGAGUGGUGACCUGGAACUCGAUGAUCCAGGCUUAUGCUCAAGCUCGCGAUCGUGUCAACGACGCGGAGGCUGUUUUUGAGAGGAUGCCACAGACCGACAUCGUUUCCUGGAACUGUUUGAUGGGAGCGUAUUCUCAAAACGGUAAUUUCUCGCAAGCAAAGUGGACAUACGAUCGAAUGCCGGACCGAGACGCUGUUUCUCACGCAGGAAUCAUGGCUAGCUUGUCGGGGAUUGGCCAAGUCGAGGAAGCUCGAGUAGUGUUUAGCAGGAUGGUCGGCAAAGAAGUGGCUUCCUGGCUCGCUUUGAUGCAAGUGUUUGCUGCAAAUGGUCGUCACCAAGAGGCAAAAGAAGUUUUUGGCAGGAUGCCACGGCACACAGUAUCCUGUUGGAACGCUAUCGUUUCGGUCCUCGCAAGCAGUGGAGAUUUGGAGGAAGCCUCCAACACUUUGAAAGCGAAAAUGCCAGAACACAACACCCUUUCGUGGAACAUCCUGCUGAACGCUCACGUCCACCAGGAGAGCAGCGAGCUCGAUACUGUAAAAACGCUGUUUUUCGAGGCACCGGCCAAGAACUCCUCGUCGUGGAACGCCCUAGUGGAAGCUCACGUCCACAACGACGAAUUCCAGCAAGCCAAGGCCAUCCUCCUCGCCAAAAUCCCGCAGUGGAGCAUGUACGUGUGGAACGUCUUGCUAACGGGGUUUUCUCACAGUGGUUUCAUGGACGAGGCCGAGUGGAGCUUUGAAACAAUGCCGCACAGGGACGUGAUCUCCUGGACCGCAAUCAUCACCGCGUGCUCGCAAAACGGCCUCGCCAGGAGAGCUCUCGACCUCUUCCAGGCGAUGAAGAUCGAAGGCAUCGAUCCCGAUGGAGUAACUUUCGUGAGCGUCUUGAGCGCCUGCAGCCACGAAGGACUGAUGAAACAGAGCCGGAGAUACUUCCUCUCUAUCGCCGGAGACCACGGAUUGGAUCACAGGAAAGAACAUUACUGCUGCAUGGUGGACAGCCUCGGACGAUCCGGCCGCCUUGAUCUUGCCGAGGAGCUCAUCACCACCAUGCCGUUUCGCCCAGAUGGAGUGGAGUGGGGAAUGCUGCUCGCUGCUUGCAAGCUCCACCGCGAUGGUGAUCGUGGAGCUCGAGCUGCCGAGCGUGUCUUCGAUCUCGAUCCAGGAAACGUUGCUCCUUAUGUGCUCCUCGCCAACAUCUACGCAGUGCUCGGCAAGCACGACCAAGUUGCCGCGGUGAGAAGGAUGAUGAUCGCCAGAGGUGUGAAGAAGCAGCCGGGAGUCAGCGUGAUCCGGCACGAUGGCUCGCUCCAUCGGUUCGUGGCUGGAGAUUUAUCCCACCCUCGAUCUCCAGAGAUCAUUGCAGAGCUGGAUCGGCUGAGCGCUGGGAUCAAGGAAGCUGGCUACGUUCCAGACACCAUCGAAGUAUUGCAUCACGUCGCUGAGGAAAGCAAGGACGAGCUGCUGUGCCACCACAGCGAGCGGCUUGCGAUCGCUUUUGGGUUGAUGGUGAUCCAGGACGAUCGCGCCAAUCCACGCAAACCAGUGCGGGUGCUUAAGAACCUUAGAGUUUGCUCGGACUGUCACAGCUUCACGAAGCUCGUGUCUAAGCUGGUUGUCAGGAAGAUCAUCGUGAGAGACGCUAGCCGGUUCCAUCACUUUGAGCAUGGGAAGUGCUCGUGUGGAGACUACUGGUGA